AUGGCCGUAAUUGUAGGGACAGUCAUCGAUGGAGGCAAGGAUGCGGGCAUCGUGGCUGUUGUCAUGCUCUUCCUCUUCAACUUCUUUUUCGCUGUAGGCCUGCUUGCCAUCCCUUGGCUUUUGCAGGCUGAAUAUGCCCCGCUCGCCAUUCAUACCCGCGCCACCGCUCUCGCCACAGCGUCAAACUGGAUCUUCAAAUUCCUAGUGGUUGGGAUUACACCCAUCAGCAUUCACUGCAUCGGAUGGCGCACCUAUGCAUACAUUGGUGUAUUCAACGCCUUCUUCAUACCAUCAAUUUACUUCUUCUGCGCCGAAUCGCAUAGGCUAUCGCUGGAGAAUAUUGACAAGUGUUUGAACUGCAAGGUCAAGAGACGGAAGUGUGACGAGGUGAAGCCGACAUGCUUGCGCUGCAGUGCCAGGGAUGAGAGAUGCGAAUGGGCAUCUCGCCUUACCUUCCGCGCUGAAAAUGCGCUGGGCAUCGAACCAUCACUGUUGCAUCGGCCACCAGGACGGCCACCCAAGUGCUUCAGAAUCAAAGAUGUCACUGCAGAAAUUAUACGCGACUAUCAACAUGAGGUGCCGAGGGAUGAGGCUGAUGGUUCCGAGCAGUCUGAUAGUCUGCAAGCCACCGUUUCCAACGAUCCGUCACCCUCCACGGUCAAUGAUCGAAGUGCGUCAUUCCAAGCCGGCUCAUGCUGGAGACCAAACACACCGUUUCCAAGCACUGAGGAAGACCUUAAUCACCUGCAAUCUCAUGGAUAUGUAUCAAUGCCUACCCCUGCGGAUAUAGAGUCAAUCUGGAGCAGUCCGGUCACUACCGCCUAUCUAGACGACAGCAUCUUCCUUCCAGGAUCAGCAUACCUUGAUGCCCAUUCGACAUUCCGGAACCAUCUCAAACAAGAAGUGCGUUCGAAUGACGCUACCCGAGAAGCCUCGCCUGACCCUUCACGGAACACUCAAACGUGGACCGUAGACGUGAACUUUGAUCCACUGGGAACAAGACGCAACACACACCUCCCGUUCGACCCUACUCUUGGUGAGGGGCCGAGUGUAACGCAAUCCUCAAUGCUCCAACUAUCUCAAGAGGAAGAAUUCGAGCUAUGGAAGAACUGGCUCGACGAAAUAGCGCCUUGGAUUGACAAGUUUGAUGACGAGCGUCACUUCCAGCAGAAACUCCCUAUACUGGCACGCUCGCAUGACCACCUAAGGUAUUCCAUGCUUGCGCUAUCUGCGCGGCAGCUGGAGCGAAAGAAUCAUAGCAGACACACCGAGCGUAGUCUAGCCUUGUAUCAAAGAGCCAUCCAGCUUGUUCUGCCGCAACUGCACACGCGCAGCACGCCGGUCAUAGCAACAUGCGUGGUCUUGUGUGUAUUGGAGAUGCAAAGCAGUUCGGCAAAAGCGUGGCACCAGCAUUUGGAUGGUUGCGCGCACUUGAUCGAAGCAGUGGGAAUCAAUGGCUUCUCUGGCGGCCUCGACCAAGCCCUGUUCUGGUGCUUCGCACGCAUGGAUGUAUGCGGUGGGCUUAUUGCAUCGUCCAAAACGCUCAUACCUGUCGAGCGCUGGGCGUUAGGCAUGAAUCUCGACGCUGAUAUGAAUCUCUUUCGAGCGAACAAGGGAUACAAUGCCCACGCCUGUGAAGCCGUGUACCUCUGUGCACAGAUACUCGACUUACUUUCCUUCCACUCCAAUCUAGCUGGGCGCGUCGGUGCCUCACUGCCUACACCCAAAGUCCCAGACGCGGGCUACGCAGCUAGAUGGAUGAAGCUCUGGAACCACAUUUCGGCAUGGUAUGAUACGCGUCCUGCAGAGAUGCUCCCCGUACUGUCCAUCACCAGUUCCACUUCGCCGUUUCCAAAGAUCCUAUACAGCAACCCUGCCGCUAUCUCGGGCAACCAGCUCCACCACACAGCAUCCAUUCUCAUGCUCAGACACAAACCGGCAGGGGUCAACAUGACACCAAAACCCAACUCCAUCUUCUGGCAUGCCCGCCAGAUCUGCGGCAUCUCCAUCAGCAACGACCACCACGGCGCGUGGACGAAUGCCAUACAGCCUCUGUGGAUUGCCGGGCAGUGGAUGAGCCACGAGAGUGAGCAAAAGGCGAUCCUGGAGCUGCUGGACAAGAUUGAAACGCAAUCGGGGUGGAGUACAAAGUGGCGUGCAGAAGAUCUGAAAGAGUUCUGGGGCUAG